UUCCGCUAGCAGAAUUGGCCAUGACUGUCUCCUAGGUCAUCCUGAAGAGAUAAAGGGAAGAUGGGCUGAGGAAGCUCUGGCAUCCAGGCGUCUCCCAGCGAUGAAGCCGUGUCCCACACAGUUAGUUGUCAGUGCGGUGGUGACGGCCACACCUGGCAGUGGCUACAGUGCGUCUGCUGUGAGCAGGGGCUGUGGCUCACCCUCUCGGAGCUGCUCCGUGCAGCCAGGGCGGGCAGGAGAGGGAGCCCGGGCGCUCUUGGUGGCGGAGGCUGGGGAUCGCAGGGUCGGUGCUGCAUUCAGAAAAGCCUCAGCCGCAGCCGGCGAUGUGUGAAGUUGGCAGCACGCACCCAGCACGGCUGCUCCUCACCCUCAAUUGUUGAUGAGCCUGGGCGCUCCUCAAUACACGGGAGAGAUCCCAUUUUGCUUUCUUGGAGAAAGAGAUGAGAUGAGCUGCGGAAGGUAUUUGGCCGUGAGAAGAGUGAAAGGCAGUUUCUCGCUAGCAGCUAAGUUGUAGAAUUGCGUCGGGGAGCGCGAUAGAAUUGACAAGAAAAGAACAGACACCGUUGCAGAGCCAGGCACGCCUGAUUGCACGAGUCGGAUCCCCGGGACGCAGCUUCCACUCCUGCUCUAACUGUUUGUGACUGAAUAAAGGAAACGAGACCAGAAACACAACUGCAAGUGGUGUGCCUAAAAGGAAAACACAUACACCCCGAAAGGAGGGGAGGAACAACCCAGCUGGCGUGGACGUUUUUUUUUUUUUUUUUUAAAGGAGAAUCCCUCAGAUGCUACAUGGAGUUAUGUGGAAAUGAGAGAGAUUCAUGAAACUCCUCCUCCAGGAAAGAAUGUCUUUCAUAGAUGGAGCUUUGCUUCUGGUUGGCACAGGAUAGCGACAAUGUGGGGGAGCCAUGCCUGCCCUUCCUGCUCUUUCCAAUGAUGCACAGAAUAUCUGAACAGUGAUGCUUGCCUUGGAUUUUCAGAUUUUCAUCCUGCUACCUUCUUUACUAAUUUGGGGCAGAAAAGCUUGCACAAUUGCUCUCCAUGGUGGCUAAUUUUUUCAAGAGCUUGAUAUUACCUUACAUUCAUAAGCUGUGCAAAGGAAUGUUUACAAAGAAAUUGGGAAAUACAAACAAAAAAAAAGAGAAUCGUCAGCCGAAAAAGGAUCAAGACUUUCCUACUGCUGGCCAGAGCAAAUCCCCCAAGUUUUCUUACACCUUUAAAAGCACUGUAAAGAAGAUUGCAAAGUGUUCGUCCACUCACAACUUAUCCACUGAGGAAGACGAGGCUAGUAAAGAGUUUUCCCUCUCACCAACAUUCAGUUACCGAGUAGCUAUUGCCAAUGGUCUACAGAAGAAUACUAAAGUAAUCGCCAGUGAUAAUGAGGAUCUGCUUCAAGAGCUGUCUUCAAUUGAGAGUUCCUACUCAGAAUCAUUAAAUGAACUAAGGAGUAGCACAGAAAACCAGGCACAACCAAUACACACAAUGCCAGUUAGACGCAACAGAAAGAGCUCAAGCAGCCUUGCACCCUCUGAGGGUAGCUCCGAUGGGGAGCGUACUCUGCAUAGCUUAAAACUGGGAGCUUUACGAAAACUGAGAAAAUGGAAAAAGAGUCAAGAAUGUGUCUCCUCAGACUCAGAGUUAAGCACCAUGAAAAAAUCCUGGGGAAUAAGAAGCAAGUCUUUGGACAGAACUGCUCGAAACCCAAAGACAAAUUCCCUGGAUCCAGGUUUCAGUUCCUCUGGCUGCAUUAGCCAAACACAUGAUGUCAUGGAAAUGAUCUUUAAGGAACUUCAGGGAAUAAGUCAGAUAGAAACAGAACUUUGUGAACUACGAGGGCACGUCAAUGCUCUCAAACAUUCCAUCGAUGAAAUCUCCAGCAGCGUGGAGGUUGUACAAAGUGAAAUUGAGCAACUACGUACAGGGUUUGUCCAGUCUCGAAGGGAAACCAGAGACAUCCAUGAUUAUAUUAAACACUUAGGUCAUAUGGGUAGCAAGGCAAGCUUGAGAUUUUUAAAUGUGCCUGAGGAGAGAUUUGAGUAUGUUGAAAGUGUGGUGUACCAAAUUCUAAUAGAUAAAAUGGGUUUUUCAGAUGCACCAAAUGCUAUUAAAAUUGAAUUUGCUCAGAGGAUAGGGCACCAGAGAGACUGCCCAAAUGCAAAGCCUCGACCCAUACUUGUGUACUUUGAAACCCCUCAGCAAAGGGAUUCUGUCUUAAAAAAAUCAUAUAAACUCAAAGGAACAGGCAUUGGAAUCUCAACAGAUAUUCUAACUCAUGACAUCAGAGAAAGAAAAGAGAAAGGGAUACCAUCCUCUCAGACAUAUGAGAGCAUGGAUAUAAAGUUGUCUACUCCAGAGUUAAAAAUCAAAAAGAACAAUUGGCAGUCACCUGAUGACAGUGAUGAAGAUCUUGAAUCUGACCUCAAUAGAAACAGUUACGCUGUGCUUUCCAAGUCAGAGCUUCCAACAAAAGGAAGUACUUCCAAGCCAAGCGCAAAAUCACACAGUGCUAGAUCCAAGAAUAAAGCUGCUAAUGGCAGCAGAAUUUCAAAUAAAUCAGAUUAUGAUAAGAUCUCCUCACAGUUGCCAGAAUCAGAUAUCUUGGAAAAGCAAACCACAACCCAUUAUGCAGAUGCAACACCUCUCUGGCACUCACAGAGUGAUUUUUUCACUGCUAAACUUAGUCGUUCUGAAUCAGAUUUUUCUAAACUGUGUCAGUCUUACUCAGAGGAUUUCUCAGAAAAUCAGCUUUUCACCAGAACUAAUGGAAGCUCUCUCCUGUCAUCUUCGGACCGGGAGCUAUGGCAGAGGAAACAGGAAGGAACAGCUACCCUGUAUGACAGUCCCAAGGACCAGCGUUUGAAUGGAAGUAUUCAGGGUAUCCAAGGGCAGACUGAAAUUGAAAACACAGAAACUGUGGAUAGUGGAAUGACUAAUAGCAUGGUGUGUGCAUCUGGAGACCAAAGUCGUUACAGUGAUUCCCAGCUCUCUUUACAUGAGGAUCUUUCUCCAUGGAAGGAAUGGAAUCAAGUAGAGCAAGGAGCUGAUUUAGGCUUGGAUUCAUCUACACAGGAAGGUUUUGAUUAUGAAACAAACAGUUUUUCUGACCAACAGCUUGGUGUUUACCAUAAAGACCUGGAAGACUUGGGAAAGUGCCGCAGUGACCUUCAAGAUGACUCAGAGAGCUACGACUUAACUCAAGAUGACAACUCUUCUCCAUGCCCUGGCUUGGAUAAUGAACCACAAGGCCAGUGGCUUGGCCAAUAUGACUCUUAUCAGGAAGCUAAUUCUAAUGAGCUAUACCAAAAUCAAAACCAGUUGUCCAUGAUCUAUCGAAGUCAAAGUGAACUGCAAAGUGAUGAUUCAGAGGAUGCCCCACCCAAAUCAUGGCAUAGUCGAUUAAGCAUUGACCUUUCCGAUAAGACUUUCAGCUUCCCAAAAUUUGGAUCUACUCUGCAGAGGGCUAGGUCUGCCUUGGAAGUCGUAUGGAACAAAAGCACACAGAGUCUGAGUGGGUAUGAGGACAGUGGCUCUUCAUUAAUGGGGAGAUUUCGGACAUUAUCUCAAUCAACUGCAAAUGAGUCAAGUACCACACUUGAUUCUGAUGUCUACACGGAACCCUAUUACUAUAAAGCAGAGGAUGAGGAGGAUUAUAGUGAACCAGUGGCUGAAAAUGAAACAGAUUAUGUUGAAGUGAUGGAACAAGUCCUUGCUAAACUAGAAAACAGGACUAGUAUUAUUGAAACAGAUGAACAAAUGCAAGAAUAUGAUCACCUUUCAUAUGAAACACCUUAUGAAACUCCACAAGAUGAGGGUUAUGAUGGUCUGGCAGAUGAUGUGGUUAGUGAAGAGGGAUUAGAACCCUUAAAUGAAACAUCAGCUGAGAUGGAAAUAGGAGAAGAUGAAAAUCAGAACAUUCCUGAACAGCCUGUGGAGAUCACAAAGCCAAAGAGAAUUCGUCCUUCUUUCAAAGAAGCAGCUUUAAGGGCCUAUAAAAAGCAAAUGGCGGAGUUGGAAGAGAAGAUCUUGGCUGGAGAUAACAGUUCUAUGGAUGAAAAGGCUCGAAUAGUAAGUGGCAGUGAUGUGGAUGCUUACAAAUUCUCUGCACUCCAGGUGUGUGGUGGGGCUGGAGGUGGACUUUAUGGUAUUGACAGCAUGCCAGAUCUCCGCAGGAAAAAAACUUUGCCUAUUGUCCGAGAUGUGGCCAUGACCCUGGCUGCCCGUAAAUCUGGACUCUCCCUGGCUAUGGUGAUUAGGACAUCACUAAAUAAUGAGGAACUGAAAAUGCAUGUCUUCAAGAAGACCUUGCAAGCUUUGAUCUACCCUAUGUCUUCCACCACCCCACACAAUUUUGAGGUCUGGACAGCUACCACGCCCACGUACUGUUAUGAGUGUGAAGGGCUCCUGUGGGGCAUUGCAAGGCAAGGCAUGAAGUGUCUGGAGUGUGGAGUGAAGUGCCACGAAAAGUGUCAGGACCUCCUGAACGCUGACUGCUUGCAGAGAGCAGCAGAAAAGAGUUCUAAACAUGGUGCCGAGGACAAGACUCAGACCAUUAUUACAGCAAUGAAAGAAAGAAUGAAGAUCAGGGAGAAAAACCGGCCAGAGGUAUUCGAAGUAAUCCAGGAAAUGUUUCAGAUUUCUAAAGAAGAUUUUGUGCAGUAUACAAAGGCGGCCAAACAGAGUGUACUGGAUGGGACAUCUAAGUGGUCUGCAAAAAUAACCAUUACAGUGGUUUCUGCACGGGGUCUACAGGCAAAAGACAAAACAGGGUCUAGUGAUCCAUAUGUUACAGUUCAAGUGGGAAAGAACAAAAGAAGAACAAAAACCAUUUUUGGAAACUUGAAUCCAGUAUGGGAUGAGAAGUUUUAUUUUGAGUGUCAUAACUCCACAGAUCGAAUCAAAGUCAGAGUAUGGGAUGAAGAUGAUGAUAUUAAAUCCAGAGUCAAGCAACAUUUCAAAAAGGAGUCAGAUGAUUUUCUGGGACAAACGAUUGUAGAAGUGAGGACCUUGAGUGGAGAAAUGGAUGUCUGGUACAACUUAGAGAAAAGGACAGAUAAGUCAGCUGUAUCUGGAGCCAUACGAUUGAAAAUCAAUGUGGAGAUAAAAGGAGAAGAGAAGGUUGCCCCAUAUCAUAUUCAAUAUACAUGUUUACAUGAGAAUCUGUUCCAUUACUUGACUGAAGUGAAAGCUAAUGGUGGAGUGAAAAUCCCGGAUGUCAAAGGGGAUGAAGCCUGGAAGGUUUUUUUUGAUGAUGCUUCCCAAGAAAUAGUCGACGAAUUUGCUAUGCGUUAUGGAAUUGAAUCCAUUUAUCAAGCUAUGACGCACUUUUCAUGUCUGUCUUCAAAAUACAUGUGCCCUGGUGUCCCUGCCGUCAUGAGCACCUUGCUGGCUAAUAUAAAUGCUUUCUAUGCUCACACAACAGUUUCAACAAAUGUACAGGUUUCUGCUUCAGAUCGAUUUGCUGCAACCAACUUUGGUAGGGAAAAAUUCAUAAAACUACUGGACCAGUUGCAUAACUCUUUGAGGAUUGAUCUGUCAAAGUAUAGGGAAAACUUUCCUGCAAGCAAUACUGAAAGACUGCAAGACCUGAAAUCAACUGUUGACCUGUUAACAAGCAUCACCUUUUUUAGGAUGAAGGUCCUGGAGCUGCAAAGCCCCCCAAAAGCUAGCAUGGUGGUGAAGGAUUGUGUAAGGGCUUGCCUGGAUUCUACAUACAAGUACAUUUUUGACAAUUGCCAUGAACUCUACUCUCAGCUAACAGACCCGAGUAAGAAACAGGACAUUCCUCGUGAAGAUCAGGGACCAACUACAAAGAAUUUGGAUUUUUGGCCCCAACUUAUUACACUGAUGGUCACUAUUAUUGAUGAGGAUAAAACUGCCUACACUCCUGUCCUGAAUCAGUUUCCUCAAGAACUGAACAUGGGAAAAAUAAGUGCCGAAAUUAUGUGGACUCUUUUUGCUCUGGACAUGAAAUAUGCAUUAGAAGAACAUGAAAAGCAGCGGUUAUGCAAGAGCACCGAUUAUAUGAAUUUGCAUUUCAAAGUGAAAUGGUUUUAUAAUGAAUAUGUACGUGAACUUCCUGCCUUCAAGGAUGCUGUUCCUGAAUACUCCUUGUGGUUUGAGCCUUUUGUCAUGCAGUGGCUAGACGAAAAUGAAGAUGUGUCAAUGGAAUUCCUUCAUGGAGCACUGGGAAGAGACAAAAAAGAUGGAUUCCAGCAGACAUCCGAUCAUGCUCUCUUUUCUUGCUCAGUGGUUGAUGUCUUUGCUCAGCUAAAUCAGAGCUUUGAGAUUAUUAAGAAACUGGAAUGCCCUAAUCCUGAAGCAUUAUCUCACUUAAUGAGAAGAUUUGCAAAGACUAUCAACAAAGUGCUGCUCCAGUAUGCUGCAAUUGUAUCAAGUGAUUUCCGUUCAUAUUGUGAUAAAGAAAAUGUGCCCUGUAUCUUGAUGAACAAUAUUCAACAAUUGCGGGUCCAGCUGGAGAAAAUGUUUGAAUCCAUGGGAGGGAAAGAGAAGAAGGAAGGAGAAAGAUUCUUUUAUGAGCUAGAUUCUGAAGCUAGUACUAUUCUGAAAGAACUUCAAGUUAAGCUCAGUGGGGUCCUGGAUGAGCUUAGCGUCACUUAUGGUGAAAGUUUCCAGGUUAUAAUUGAAGAGUGUAUAAAACAGAUGAGUUUUGAACUAAAUCAAAUGAGAGCAAAUGGAAACACCACAUCUAAUAAGAACAGUGCAGCAAUGGAUGCAGAGAUUGUGUUAAGACCGCUCAUGGAUUUUUUGGACAAAACAUUAAGUCUCUCAGCAAAAAUCUGUGAGAAAACAGUCCUGAAGCGAGUUUUGAAAGAGUUAUGGAAGCUAGUUCUCAACAAAAUAGAAAAACAAAUCGUUCUUCCUACUCUGACAGAUCAAACAGGACCCCAGAUGAUUUUCAUUGCAGCUAAAGAUCUUGGACAAUUAUCCAAACUGAAGGAGCACAUGAUUCGAGAGGAUGCCAAAGGUCUGACACCAAGACAAUGCGCUAUAAUGGAGGUAGUCCUGGCUACCAUCAAGCAAUAUUUUCAUGCAGGAGGAAAUGGCCUGAAAAAGAAUUUCUUGGAGAAAAGCCCAGACCUUCAGUCUCUGAAAUAUGCUCUCAGUCUUUAUACCCAAACUACUGAUGCCUUGAUAAAGAAAUUCAUAGAUACUCAAACCUCACAGAGUCAUUCCUCCAAAGAUGCAGUGGGUCAGAUAUCUGUUCACGUAGACAUCACUGCCACCCCAGGAACCGGCGAUCAUAAAGUCACUGUAAAAGUGAUUGCUAUUAAUGACCUAAACUGGCAAACCACAGCAAUGUUCCGCCCUUUCGUGGAAGUUUGUAUACUGGGACCCAACCUUGCAGACAAGAAGAGAAAACAAGGAACAAAAACAAAAAGCAACACGUGGUCACCAAAGUACAAUGAGACAUUUCAGUUCAUUCUGGGAAAGGACAAUCGACCAGGGGCUUAUGAACUUCAUGUCUCAGUUAAGGAUUACUGCUUUGCCAGAGAAGAUCGAAUUAUUGGAAUGACAGUGAUUCAGCUACAGAACAUAGCAGAAAAGGGAAGCUAUGGGGCAUGGUAUCCUCUUCUGAAAAAUAUCUCUGUGGAUGAAACUGGUUUGACCAUCCUUAGAAUACUCUCUCAGAGGACCAGUGAUGAUGUGGCUAAAGAAUUUGUAAGACUUAAAUCUGAAACAAGAUCUCCUGAAGAGAGUUCUUGAAACAAACACUGCAAGCUAAAUUCGUAACUAUAAUUGUUUGACUACUGCAUGCAUGUGCAAAUACAGGGGAAUGUUUAUUUCAGUACAUUUCAAUGUUUGCCAGUACUCAUGUACAACGUCUACAAGGUAUGUGAAAAACCUGCUGAACUUUUAUACUAAUUCUGGUCUUUGGAAAAUAAAUGUUCCAUGAAGUGCCAAAAUUAUGAUGUGAAGUGAAAUAUCAAGAACACCUUAUAAAAUUUAUUUUGUUUCCUUACCAAUUUCACAUUCAUUAGUUUUAAAAACUAGUCUUCUCAGUUUGCCCAUCAUUUGUCUUUGUUAAAUUGGUUUAUAUUGCCCAAGGUAUUGACCAUAGAUCAGAAAACAUUUAUUACUCAAUUUCCAUUUCAUUUACUUACCUCAUUAUAGAUGUCUUACAAAUACCCUUUUCUACCAUAACUAGAAAUGCAGUCACUUCUAGAAAGCAUUUGUAAUUUUAUAGUUGCAGAUAUAUUGUGAUUUUUGCAUACAAAUUAAAAUAGAAAAGGUGGGAAAUAUUUUCUGCUGACCAGUUUCCAACCUUUCUGAAAUAUCACUGUGAAGAAAUGCUAUUAAAGCAAACUUACACAAAGCAAUGCUAGAGUUUGUUAACAAUGUUUGAUAUAUAUUGACAAAACUUUGUUCUUUAAAACUGCCAAGGUCACAUCACAUUUGUAAAAAUGCAAAGUUGAUGCAUUUAUCAUAUAGUGUUAUGUCUUGCCUAUACCAUAUUUCAUUCUUUAAAAAGUCAUUGGGUUAACAGUUUAGAAAUGGGACGGAAAGUUUACUUACUAAAAUACCUGUAAGUAACUAUAUUGUUGUUAUCUUCCCUCUGACAGUUAUGACUAUUUCCUUAACUCUAUAAUCAGUUCGAUGCUUUCUUUUAAAAAAAAUACUCAAUGAUUAUUACUGAAUGCAGUAUUAUUAUGUAUUGUACUGAUGCCAGAAGUCAUGUUUUCAUCCAUUUAGUGAAAAAAUAGUAAAAUUAAGUUGGAAGAAAUUGCUUACAAUUUUGUAAUUUGUACUUAUAAGCCCUAAAUGCAUCAGAUGCAGUAGAACAAUGUAAUACAGCUUGGUACCUAAAAAUACACCUAAGUUGGUUUUUCACUAUAAAACAGUUUAUGAAUAUUUGCAUUUUCUGUAUUUUUAUGAUUUAACUUUUUAGAGUCUAUGCCAAACUAUAUGGCUGUAAAAAACAGUACUUUGUAAUUAUAACUUAUGGUCAUAACUGUUAGUGGACUACUUACAGAAGCAGAAACAAGAACCUGUUAUAUUAACUGUGCUUCAUGAACAAGCUGAUCUAAUAUGUUAAGAACAGCAGAUAUUAGUAUCAUGACUGUCAGAACCAUUCUGCUACUGACUGACUGUGAAAUCACACACCAGUGAGGUUGGCUAAUUCAUGUUAAACUGUUCGGCCAUUGCUUUGUUAAUGACUUCUCUAAAUACAUAGCGUGAUGCGAUCCUCUGGCAUAUGCUUUAAUAAAUGGAUGCAUACUCAGCACAUGCA